GCCAGGAAUAAACAUGGCGGGGAUGCGUUUCCACAGCCGGACGUCUGUUUCUUGUUCCGGGGUGGGGCAAGAUGAGUUCAGUUUGGCGCGAAAUUUCAUCUUUACGAAGAGGUCAUCCGCAGAGGAUUGUUCAAUCCGGGGAGCGGGUUGUUAUUGCUGGAAACAUGAACACAAGGAAUUCCAGUAAACGCAUUUACUCUUGGUAUGGAAGAGCCAUCUAUUUUGACAAACAACUACAGAUCUCUUUUUAUAGGGGAAUGUAUAUUACAUCAGCAAGAAAUGCAAGCGAAACUUGCAUUUUCCCUGGAGAAUUUAUUUUAAUAGAGGAUGAGAAUACAGGUCAGAUUCUUGUGGCAAGACUCCAAAAAUUAUUUGAAGAUGAUACUCACCAAAAACAUGCGAUUGUUCAGUGGUUUUCUCGAAGUGUAGAAAUACCUUUCAAUCAGCAGAUUGCUUUAGGAAAAGAGGAUUCUCAGGAGAUAUUUUUGACUGAAAAUGCUGAAUGGGAUACUGCCAUACUUGCUACAUCCAUCAUUAGUAAUGUCACAGUUAUCCCACUGUCACCUAUUGAAGUGUUUCCCUCUGUGCUGCGAGAGGCAGAUGUAUUCUUUGUGAGGGAAUCUUGGAAUGGCGAAAAGUUUCAACCUUUGUCACCAAGUUUAUUGGCAGAGCUGAAAGAUGCUGUGAAAAUGAAGAGUAAUGCCAUAGAGUUUACAUCUGAAUACCCAAUGACUCCCAGGCGCACCACUUGCUCUACAGAAGCAAAAAAUGGGAAUGUGACUCAAAGUAACAAGGAGAUGGAAGCAGAGUCAAAGCAUUCAAAUGCCAAGUCAUCCCUGUCUAAGGAAAGAUGUUCCCAAAGAAUGGCUGAUGGCAUUAACACCCCAGUAGCAAGGAAAAAAUUACAGCUGAAUAGUCCUACCAAAUUUCCAAGAAGUACGUUCAAAGAACAAGAUUUUAUUGAACUUAUAGACUCUGACUUCAUUGAGCCUCUGGAUCACUCUCCACUUAAACACAAGGUUACAUUCACUGGCAUUAAAGGCUCACCUCCAAAAAUAUCCUGUCUUACUGAUGAAAAAGGUCAGUUUCAGGACAUUGCUCCAUUGGAAGACACAUCUGAGAGAUCUAAUGCAUUGGUAUUACAUUCUUCCAAGAGGAACCAAGAUACCACUCUGAAAAAUAGGACGUCUGCUGUGAAGAACAAUACCAGAGAGAGGAGAGAUAACAUGAAUGAUAUUUGGAAGACAUCCACAAACUCAAGGAAACAAGCCACAGCAUUCAAGAGCAAUUCUAACCAGCAAGUUCCAGAUGAAGAGCCAGAAUCAGACGCCAGAAGUAAAACAAUUACUCCUUGUCAAAGAAACUGUACACAGAGGACUCUUCUUUCUCGAAGGAAAUGUGCACGGAGGACUGCUGUUCGCAUUGCAAAACACCUUAGUGCUUUAGAUUCAUCUGGGGAGGAAGAUGAAGACAAUUACUUCCCUCUGGUGAAAGAUUCAGAUUCCAGUAGCAAUGAUGAUGAAGACAAAAAGGUGUGUCAAACACCCAAAAGGAAAAUAAGACCUACUCCCAAAACUACAAGAAAAAAAUCUUCUAUAACUCCUGCCAAAACUUCAAGAAAAGCACCUGAGCCAGGGACCCCCAAGAUUCCACAUAACGCUACACCCAAAAUUCGCAGCCGAAAUCAAACAACACAAGAGCCAGCCAAUGUGCUCGAAGAAGCUCGUAUAAGGUUGCAUGUUUCUGCUGUCCCAGAGUCCUUGCCUUGCCGUGAAAAGGAAUUCCAGGGUAUCUAUAACUUCAUAGAAAGCAAGCUCGUUGAUGGGACUGGAGGGUGCAUGUACAUUUCUGGAGUUCCUGGGACAGGAAAAACAGCAACAGUUCAUGAAGUCAUUCGUUGUCUCCAACAAAAAGUAGAAAAUGAUGAGCUGCCAUCUUUCCAGUUCAUAGAGAUCAAUGGCAUGAAGCUGACAGAACCUCAACAAGCCUAUGUGCAGAUCCUAAAAUUACUGAUGGACCAGAAGGCAACUGCUCCGCAUGCUGCAGUGCUGCUAGAGAAGAUGUUCUGCAAACCUAGUCCUAAAAGAAAAACCACAGUACUCGUAGUGGAUGAGCUUGACCUCUUGUGGACUCGAAAACAAAAUGUGAUGUACAAUCUCUUUGACUGGCCAACGCAGAAAGGUUCCAAGUUGAUCGUCUUGGCCAUUGCUAACACUAUGGAUUUGCCAGAGAGAAUCAUGAUGAACCGAGUAGCUAGCAGACUGGGCCUUACUAGAAUGUCCUUUCAACCAUAUAACUACAAACAGUUACAGCAGAUUGUUUCCUCCAGGAUGGCUCAAGUGAAAGCAUUUGAAGAGGAUGCUCUUCAGUUAGUUUCUAGAAAGGUAGCUGCUCUGUCUGGUGAUGCAAGACGUUGCCUUGAUAUAUGCAGAAGGUCUACUGAGAUCUGUGAACUCUCUAGUCAGAAGAGUAGCUCUGGAUUGGUCACCAUGACAAACAUCAUGGAAGCCAUGGAUGAAAUGUUCUCAUCACCCUAUGUAAAUGCAAUUAGGAAUGCAUCCUUGCAGGAGCAAAUUUUCCUAAAAGCAACUAUAGCAGAAUUUCACAGGUCAGGACUAGAAGAGGCUACAGUUCAGCAGAUAUUUCACCAGCAUGUUGCACUGUGCAGGAUUGAAGGCCUGAAAACUCCCACUGUAUCAGAAAUAAUGGCAAUAUCUUCUCGGCUUAGUGCCUGUAGACUCUUGUUGGCAGAAUCUAAUAAUAAAUAUCUACACGGUCGAAUUCGACUUAAUGUUAGCCAAGAUGAUGUCAUGUUUGCAGUCAAGCAAGAAUAAAGCAAAAAUUUUAAAGUGCUUGUUUUAAAUAAUGAUGUUGAAAUUUGAUUAUAAUUUGUAUUUUCAAUUCCAUAUCAAUGUAUUAAUGUAUUUUUCAAUACUGUAUUUUAAAUUUCACUUUUAUAAAAUGUUUUUCUUAAAAUGUU